CACUGUAUCACAGGGAACAGUGGCAGUAGGAGCGGUCCCUGUGCCACCGGUGAACUAGCCGCAGCAUCAGUACACCAGGAGUCUCAGUCUGCAGCUGCCUCAGGAAGCAGUGCCAGCAGUAUGUACUUCAGUAGCAGCGACUAUUCUGAAUUUUCUGAAAAUGGACAGAAGUCCCAGGAUAGACAGAGAGAUGAAGCCUUUCCCGGGGUGGCGGAAGAGUCCAUCUGGAGAAUGAUAGAACAAACACCAGAGUGUGUUCUCAUGACAUACCAGGUGCCCAAGAGGGGAAGGGAAGAGGUGCUGAGAGAAGACCUGGAGAAGCUGAGCAGCAUGGAGCAGCAGCAGCCCCAGUUCUCCCCUGCACAGAAGGAGGAGCUGGCCAAGGUGCGCUCCUGGAUCCACAGCCAGACCGCCCCUCAAGGAAGACACCUCCAAACCGUGUACGUGUGA